CUCUUAUAAUGGUUAAAGAGCAAAAGGUAGGAUUGGAACAAUGUUUUGAACCACUAAAAGUGACAAAAAUUCAAAACUCUUGUAGUUUUUUCAUGCAGUAUGCCAUUUCAUUCACUUUUCAUUCCUUGAUAACAAAGUAUAGAUCCCUAUCCCUAUAUAAAUCUCAACUGUGCUUCCAUCUUACAAAUAUAUUUAAAGGGUCAUGUCACAACCAAAACACAACCCCUAAAACACCACAAUGGCAUCUUUUAGCUGUUUCCUCAUCUCCUUUCUCCUCUCUUCUCUAUCAGUUAGCUUUCCACUCCUAUCAACUGCUUCAUCCUCUUCCUCAAACACAUUCAUUCUGCCCCUUUCAUCCCUCUCAUCUCUGCACCCAACCCCAACCCCAGACCUUACAGAAAAACUUACUCAUUUUGCCACCCUUUCCCUAACCAGAGCCAGACACAUCAAGAAUCCCUCAAAAAGGCCCUCCCCUUCCCACAGUAGAAUCCCAUUGUAUCCUCAAGGCUAUGGAGGUUACUCUAUCCCCCUCAGCUUUGGGACUCCUCCCCAAACCAAGCCCUUCAUCAUGGACACUGGAAGCAGCCUUGUUUGGUUCCCUUGCACUCAAACCUACCAAUGCAAAAACUGCAAUUUCAAAGGCAUGCCAAAGGGUGGUGUCACUCCUUUUCUUCCAAAGUCCUCUUCCUCUGCUAGGAUUCUUGGAUGCGCCAAUCCCAAAUGUGGGUUGAUUCACCUGAGGACCACGCCGGAGAGCCGCUGUAAGGACUGCCGGCCGCCGUUCACUAACUGCAACCAGAUCUGCCCGUCCUACAUCAUCAUCUACGGCUCUGGAUCCACCGGAGGACUUGCUCUUGUUGAGUCCCUCACCUUACCCGGAAAGAAAGUUCCCAACUUUCUGGUGGGAUGCUCUGUUUUCUCGGCCCGGCAGCCGGCCGGGAUCGCGGGGUUCGGCCGCGGCCCAACCUCCCUCCCGGCCCAAUUGGGGCUCACCAGAUUUUCUUACUGUCUUGUCCCGCACAGAUUCGACGACACCGGGAAAAGCAGCUCGCUGGCGAUGGAGACCGGCUCCGUCGCCGGACAGAGGACCGGAAAUCUCAGCCGGACACCAUUCCUGAAGAAUCCUCAGGUGGCCGGAAGAGAUCCGCUGUCCGUGUACUACUACGUCAAUCUGAGGAAAAUCAGCAUCGGAGGGGUAAAAGUGAAGAUCCCACACAAGCAUAUCUCGCCGGAUUUACGGGGAAACGGAGGGACGAUUGUGGAUUCCGGGUCAAGUUUCACGUUCUUGACCCACGACGUGUUUGAGGCAGUGCAGGGCGCGUUGGUCAAAGAAGUGAAGAAGACCUACCCCCGGGCCGGAGAACUGGAGAAGGUGACCGGAUUGAGGCCGUGCUUCAAUAUCUCCGGCCACAAGACGGCGGACCUGCCGGCGAUGAAGUUCCAUUUUAAGGGACGGGCAGAAAUGGAUCUGCCUUUGGCAAAUUAUUUCUCCAUCGUUGCGACUGACACUGUUUGCCUGACUAUGGUGACAGAUGAUGCCGUUAAUGGGUCGGCGGUCGGGCCUUCGAUCAUUCUGGGGAAUUUCCAGAUGCAGAAUUUCUACGUGGAGUAUGAUCUUAAGAACGACAAGUUCGGAUUCAGGCAACAAUUAUGCAAGUGAUUAUUAAAAUGUUUAAACAGAAUCAUGGUUUUCUUUAGCUGGCCUAUUGCUCUCUGAGUCUCUUCCAUCUUAGUUUAAUUAAUUAACUUUCAAACCAAUACUUUAACUUCAUACUACAUACGAAGUAUAUUUAGAGCCGUUUAUUAAGACCUAUAAGCUGAUCAUUAACCCAUAUUUGACCUAACAAUCAUUCUUGUUGUACACAACAUUUGUACACAUUUCACACACACUUCUACGUAAUUUCCUGUUUGCUUGUGCGAGUUGCGCUCUAUACAUAGACAACUAAGAGAUGUAUAUAUUGUCUAUGUGCACUGAUAAUUACGUACAAAUUUA